AAAAACCUUGGAAAAUGGUCUUCUACUUCUUCAAUUUCUAGUAAAGAGUGGUCGCCCAUGAGUGAAACCCUGGUCAGAGAACACCGAGAACAUUCAGUCAGUUCCUUCAGAGGCUACGAGAGCGACUCUCAUACGCAACAUAGUCCAAAGAGUCAUCAGUACUCAAGUGGACACAAUGGCACAAUUAAUGGAGGACAAUCAUCUCCAAGUGUCUACUACGGACACUCCCGACGCUCCUCCAUCCACUCCAAUGGAGAGCCUCCGCAAGAGGUGUCUCCGGCACAUGUCAAGUUUGUCAGGGACACCUCUAGGUUCUGGUACAAACCAACAAUAUCUAGAGAAGAAGCAAUCUCCAUGCUGAAAGAUCGAUCACCAGGAACAUUUGUGGUGAGGGACUCCAACUCGUUCCCUGGAGCUUUCGGUCUGGCGUUGAAGGUUGCGACUCCGCCUCCUUCCACUCCUGGGAAAGCUCCUUCGGACCCUUCCACCGAGCUUGUCAGGCAUUUCCUUAUAGAGCCCACAUCUCGAGGUGUCAGACUCAAAGGCUGUGCCAAUGAACCAGUUUUUAGUUCUCUAUCAGCACUGGUGUACCAGCACUCACUAAUGCCUCUGGCUCUACCGUGCAAGCUGGCGCUACCUGAGUCAGACACUAGGCUUACCUCCGAGUCGACUGGUACCAUUAGCACCGCUCAGUUACUUCUGGCUCAAGGAGCAGCCUGCAAUGUCUUGUAUUUGCUAACCAUCGACACGGAAUCGCUGACCGGAACCUCAAGCUAUCGUCAGGGCUAUCAGCGAGUUAUUCUCCAAGCCCUUGCCACCUGCAGCUAUUGUCCACUUCAAGGUUUCUGGACAGGGCAUCACACUAACGGACAAUAAGCGCCAGCUCUUCUUCCGCAGGCACUACCCCGUCACCACCAUCUCCUAUUGCGGCCUGGACCCUGACGAUCAUCGAUGGACCCAACACAAUGAGGCUGGGAUGCCAAUCAGUUCAAACCGGUGUUUUGGCUUUGUUGCAAGAAAACCUGCCAGCAAAACAGACAAUCAGUGUCACAUCUUCGCCGAGCUGGAACCUGAGCAGCCGCCACAGCUAUCGUCAAUUUUGUCUCCAAAGUAAUGAUGAAUAGUGGUCAGGGAAAAUCAAAUAUAGUUUGAUCUGGAGAAUUCACAUGAAUUUUGUAACAGUCAUUUUUAAUUACAUAAAUUUUUACACCAGUA